CGCGCGCCGCGCAAUAAUUUUGAUGAAAACCUCAUCGCGCAAUGGAUGGAUACUCUUUUUUAGUCCUCCUCUGUAUCUCUGCUGUUCCUUUCCUUCCAUUGGCAGUCUCUAGGGCAUGUCCUCUUAGAUGUAACUGUUAUCCUUCGAGCACCGAGGGAGGAGGCACGCCAGGGUACGUGGUGAACUGCAAUCAUCAAUCGUUGACCAAGAUACCAACUGGACUCGGUAGUAAUACUACUGAACUGAUUCUCAGUGGGAAUUAUAUACAAAAAAUAACAACUGAGCUGCGAAAUUUAACAAAUCUCAAAACUUUACGACUAGAUAAUAAUUUUAUUACUUCCAUUGAGCAAGGAGCAUUUGGAAGGCUCGCACGACUUGAAGAGCUAUAUUUGUACAAAAAUUGUCUUCAUGUGCUGGAGAAUUACACUUUUCAUGGUCUUUCAUCUCUUAGGAUACUUAAUCUUUAUGGUAAUGACAUGGAAUCAUUUAAAAGCAUUACUUUCCAUCCAUUACAUAACAUUGUGAAUAUUGAUUUGAGUUUUAAUCGGCUGAUUAGUUUACCAAAUGAAGCUUUUAAAGGUCUUUCUAGACUGAGUCGUUUGUCAAUUCGUAGCAAUGAACUUAUUGUAUUAGGCCACGAAGCAUUCUGCAAUCUCCCUAGCCUUACAUAUUUGAAUCUUGAUUCUAAUCUUCUUUCUACUAUUCCAGAAAGUUCAGUGUGCAAUCUUCCUUCAUUAAGUACAAUUCAUUUAUCAAAUAACAAUAUUGCGUGCGACUGCGCUGCUAGCUGGUUGCUCCAGUGGAUAACGAAUAAUAGAUUCACUAGUCCAUUUUGUGCUAGACCUCCAUCUCUCAGGGGGCAGAGGCUAACUAAGUUUUUAUUGCCAGAUAUUUGUGAUCCUCCUACUGUUAAUUUGAUCCUUAUUAAUGGCAGUACCCUAUGGACUGUGGGCAGUGCCGUCACCUUGAGGUGUCCCACCACUGGAGUACCAGCACCUGAUGUCCUAUGGACUAGAAAUGAAAUGAAAUUAAACAGUAGUAUUAGUAGAUUGAGUAUUAUAGAGAAUCAGUUAAUAAUUACCAAUGUAAGCCUCUCUGACGCUGGGAACUAUCAGUGUAUUGCCUCUUCUGAUGCCGGCAUUGCAGUCUCUAAUAAGAUAACAGUCUAUGUCAUAGAUUUGGUAAUGGAAAUGUCCGAUGAAAAUCGUGAAAUCAAUGAAAUCCUUGGUGACCGGACUGUACUGGAAUGCACUACUACUGCUUCAGAGCUUGUACUCAACUCAAACCAGGUCAUAUGGUUUAAAGAUGAUUUGUUGUUGACUUACAGCGAGAGACAUGUCCUACUAUCCAAUGGCAGUGUCCUUAUUGUUAAUAUCACUUAUGAUGAUGCUGGUAGCUAUGUCUGUCAAUUGGAGGACAUGAUCAAUAUCAAUAGGAAUCUCAUUGUCAGAGGUCCUGCAAGGAUUGUAGCAUUUCCCCAAGAGAUGUGCGUUGGCAAUGAACUGGUUCUCUCUCUCUAUUCAGAUGAGUUGUAUAACUUAACGUGUGAAGUUACUGGUAAUCCAGUACCAGAUAUGGUGUGGUUUGAUGACAAUAGAAAUCCAAUUAAUUCAACCAUACCAAUUGAGAAUGCAAUUAUAUAUGAGCUAAGUACUAUUCGUGGCGAGUACACGUUCAUCUGUAACAUUAGUAAUGAUCUGGGUGGUGAUGAGAGAAGCAUUAGAGUAUCCGUAAAAGACAGUACAAGAAUUAUUGAUCCAGCUGGCAUUAGAAACAUCCAACGAGAAGUUGGAGAUUUAGUUGUUCUACCAUGCAGUCACCCAGACCUGACUGGUAUAACUGAUAGGAACUGGGUAAGAGAGGAUGGACUGGAUCUUCCUUCCAACUCUCGUCUGGGCUUUAAUGAAACUUUAACGAUUUUCAUGAUAUCAGUGGAAGAUGGUGGAGUUUAUAAUUGCUCCAUAGACAGUGAUACAGGCGAAGCUACUGUACAAUAUAACAUUAUUGUGGAAGGUUCUCCUAAAAUAUCCAGUAUGUGUGGUAUACCAACACUAGUAUCUCUCGUUGGUACCAAUGUAUCACUCAAUUGUCCAGUAUCCAGUAACCCUCCUCCUCUCAUCCUCUGGUUUGUCAAUGACACCCCAAUCUCCAAUGUCUCUUCUUCAUUGCCUUACAUGCUCAAUGAGAGCAAUAUGACAUUGACAUUAUUCACUCCUCCUGCUGAAAGGAACUCAUUCACUUGUCAGGCAUUUAAUAGCCUUGGGAAUGACUCAUCUACCGUUAUACUCAGUGUUGAAAGUCCACCAACAUUUGUUAAAAAGCCCAAAAAUGUAGAAGUUAAUGUGAGUGAGACUGCUGUCUUCCACUGCAUUGGAGAGGGUAAUCCAAAGCCAGUCGUUGAGUGGUACAAAUUGAGAGAUGAUUAUCCAGUUAAGAUGCUGCAGCAAAAGGGAAGGGUCUUGAUCAGUGAUGAGCACCUGGUUAUAGUGAAUACAUUGAAGAUUGAUGCUGGAGAAUAUUACUGUACUCUUAAUUCAUCUGUUGGUAAUGAGAAUAUAAGUAUUGCAAGUGAUAUAGUACACUUGACUGUGUAUGUGUUUCCUAAACUGAUUGAUGGCCUACCAACUGAACUGGUUGCAUAUCAAAGGCACCCGAUAAACUUACCAUGUGGUGGAACAGGUGAUCCUAGGCCAGCUAUUGUGUGGUAUAAAGAUGGUACUAGAAGAGGGGAUGUUCCUGGACGAUACAGAACAGAUCGUCAUACUGGUCAUCUUUGGAUUUAUGAUCCAAUGAAAAAUUUAGAUGAAGGAGUUUAUACCUGUCGUGUCGUGAAUAUGGCUGGUUCUGUCUAUCACGAUAUUAAUCUUACAAUUAUCAGAAGACCAAAUAUUGCCAUCACACCGUCAAACAUCACUACCAUU